AAAACAAAUGGGACUGGGUGUAAUAACAGAGCAUUGACAGACGAGAGAACAGAGGGAAAACAACGAAGGGAUUGAAUAGAGAGCACAGUGGCUGCCUGUGUUGUGUGCUAUGUCACAAGGGCCAUUCAAGCCAGACACAAUUCGACUUGUUAUAUUUAACCCAGAAGCCUGCAGUGCGUGCAUUAACACUUGUGGCUUCGAUGUAGCGAUGGCUGCACUACAUGAGAGAAUUUACAGAGCUCAGAGACAGUAAACAUUGGGAGCUGCUGGAUGGCAGAGAUGCUAGUGCAGCCAGCGAUAUGGGUACCUGCUGCAUUUGCCUGCCUUUGGGGCGUGUGACCAAGCAAGAUGCUGGUCGUGAGGAGAAACAGAUUCAACUGGAAACUAUCAGAGAGGAAGAGGAUGAAACUGCAUCUGUGGAGGAAUGCCACAACCAGAGAACAACAACAUUCAGGCAUCCUGUGACGGGGCAGAUCUCUUCAGAAAACACAGACUUCAUUUUACAAGACCAGGCAAAUUUACGCAUGUCCAAGCCACCACCAGAGCCGAGGCCGGCCAGCAUGGUAAGCGAGUCAUCUGUCGCCGUCUCUUCGUGCCAUGCAGACGCCACUUCAGGAUCCAGGAGUCAGAAAACCAGUGGGAAGGUGCAUUGCUUUGGCAAGCGUGACCAUUCUAUCAAAAGGAACCCAAACGUGCCGGUGGUGGUGAGAGGAUGGCUUUACAAACAGGACAGCUCAGGCAUGAGACUUUGGAAGCGCAAGUGGUUUGUGUUGUCUGAUUUCUGCCUGUUUUAUUAUAAAGACAGUCGAGAGGAGACGGUUCUAGGCAGCAUUCCUUUGCCCAGCUAUGUCAUUUCACCCGUGGGACCGGAAGACCACAUCAGCCGCAAGUAUGCCUUCAAGGCCUGCCACACUGGAAUGCGGUCAUACAUUUACAAUAAGAAUUCUCUGAUUGGCUCGCAGGCCGAGCACUGUGGCAUGAGGACCUACUACUUCAGCGCAGAUACACAGGAAGAUAUGAAUGGCUGGAUCCGGGCCAUGAACCAGGCCGCACUGAUGCAGAGUCAUGGCGUGAAGAGAGAAGCAGAAAGAAGCUCAAAUCCGGAGCAGCAGAGCAACCACUUCACCAACAGCAGCUCUCCGGCCGAGGGUCUGCAGCAGGCAGCGCGAGGUGAGGUGUCGGAGCUGAGGUUGCAGCGAGAUGGAGAAGAGUGUUAUGUUUACAGCAGGGAAGUGCAAGGGGAUCCUGGUAAAGCCAUCUCCCCUGGAGAGAUGGAGGGGCCCUCCCACUCAAGUGCCCAAUCUCGCCCAUCGUCCACCGGACCUCACAGAAACGGACUGUCGUCUUCGGGAAUGCCCCAUGAUCAGAACGGAAACGUGGUGUACAAGAGGGGUCUUGUGCCCCGAACGGACACAGAGAAGAAGGUUCAAAGAAAAACAGCACUGGCUCAGGUCGAGCACUGGGUGAAGGUGCAGAAAGGAGAGCCUAAAAGCUAUGCCACUGCUGAGUACAACCUAGCCAGACGGACCCCUCCUCUCCAUCCCAAGGCCUCCAUGAUGGAUACUUACCAAUCGUUGCCAAAGACCACUCGCCACCACUCUGCAGGCAGUUCCCCCCCAGUGCCACGCAACAUGCCCAGUGACUACAAGUAUGCCCACGACCGCCUCAGUCACUUCCGAAUGUCCACCGAUGAACGGCUGGCCACUAAAGAGGGCAUGGUUUGGCAGCUGUACGAGUGGCAGCAGCGCCAACAGUUCCGCCACGGAAGCCCGACCGCACCCAUCUACACCGGGCCUGACUUCAUGGACGCGGCAGCCUUCAGGGUCACUUUGGAAAUGCCACGGUCAAUAUCCGUACCUCCAUCACCGUGUGACUUAGCCCCACCCGGGCACUCCUCCAAAUCCCUCUCCCCACGCCGACCUCACACUCCCGCAGAAAGGGUGACCGUACGCCCGCUGGAUGACUUCGCCACCGUGGAUACACCCACUUUGGGUUCUCCCAGAGGAAUGUAUUCCCAGAUCUCAAAGACUUCACAAAUAGAGAGGAGAUCCAUGCCGACAAUGGGCUACAUCACACACACAGUCAGCGCACCAAGUCUACAUGGAAAAACGCCGGAAGAGUUGACCCUACUGCUCAUCCAGCUCAGGAGACACCGGGCCAAGAUGGCCGGCGUGCGCAGCGACGCGUUCACACACCUGCAGAACCAGCACAACGGCCUCUCAGGCCCCAGUUUGCAGGCAGAUGACACUUACCUGCAGAUGAAGAAGGACCUAGAAUAUCUAGAUCUGAAGAUGAAAAGUAUCGAACCCCUCAUCUAUUCGGUGACUGGACGCGAUUUGUUUAAAGAUCGAGCGCCUCGGCCUGUUAAAAUAGCUGAAAGUGACAUAGACGUAAAGCUAAGUAGGUUAUGUGAGCAAGACAAGAUCCUUCAAGAACUGGAGGCCAGGAUACGCAUGCUCAAAGAGGACAAGGACAAACUAGAAUCAGUUCUGGAUGUUUCCCAUCAGCAGAUGGAGCAGUUUCAGGACCAGCCUGCCCAUGCAGAGAAGAUCGCCUACCAACAAAAGCUUUUGCGUGAGGAUGUGGUGCACAUAAGAGCGGACAUCUCACAGGUGUCCACGGAGAUGGAGAACGCUUGGGCUGAGUACAGCAAUUUGGAAAGAGAUGUGGAUAGACUGCGAUCAGCCCUUCAAGAACAGAUGAGCAACAGUGCUCUCUCUCAGCAAGAGAAAUCACAGCUGAGGAAAGAGCUGUGGAGGAUUGAGGAUGUACUCGCAGGCCUCAGCUCCAGCAAAGCCAACUACAACGUGACCAUUGACUCAGUGAGGAAUCCAGGUGAGAGCGGGCCACUGUCCGCCACCACCCCCAUGCACUGGACCACAGUCAGAGAGAGGAAACUCGUGCCUUCAGCGUCAUUGUCCGCAGUGCCUUCUCUCUCUGCAAGCCCUUCCACGGGAGAGCUGAAAGCUGGUCAACCCAGUCCUCACCUCAGCCCGGUGCAAUCUACCCAACAUCCCAUGCAGCUCUUGCAAGGACUCCACAAACCAAAAUGGCCUGAAGAAGAUGUGCCACCCAGACCCCCUCUCCCUAACCUAUACAGUCCUGAUGAACACCCCCCAGCUGUGCCACCUCUUCCCAAAGAGACCUCCGUCAUCCGCCACACAUCUGUGCGAGGCCUGAAACGACAGUCUGACGAGCGCAAACGCGAUCGUGAGAUUGGGCAAUACACCAAUGGGGAUCAGAAGAUCGAGCUGCGAGCUUUCCUCAGUGAGCCUGAGCUGCUGGGAGUUGGUGGACAAAUGGUGGGCUUAGGCCGUGAUAGUGGCUACCAAACCCUUCCAAACAGAGGUUUGACCAGCUCAUCAUCAAGACUAAAUCAGUCAACAAACAUUUCCUCGUUUGUCACCCUCAGAAGAGGAGUCACCACAACAAGCUUGAAGGAAAGACCAAAGAGUGCCUUGGAACGACUGUACUCCGAGGAGCCUUCGCAGCAGCGCAGUCGCAUGAGCGCCGAGGAGCAGCUGGAAAGGAUGAAGCGUCACCAAAAGGCUCUCGUACGUGAGCGUAAGAGAACGCUCAGCCACAACGAGCGCCAGGCCUCCUCAUCUCGGGCUUCCUCCAGACCGGUGUCUGCUGACUUGGGAUCAUGGAGGAGAGAGCAGGACUUUGAUUUGCAGCUGCUGGACCGAGCAGUGCAGGGUGAGGAGAGACCGGCUGAGCACAAAGAGAGACAGCGCUCUCACUCCGAUGAAUGGCUGACUCUGAGCAGCACACCCAUGAGAGAGCUGGACCUGGAGCCGCUGGACUAUCAGUUAGACCUUAGCAAAGAGCUGUCAAGACCACAGAAAGUUGCCAUCCCUGAACGCUAUGUAGACCAGGAGCCAGAAGAGCCUCUGAGUCCUCAGGAAAUGGAGGCCCGUCACCGUAAAGUGGAACGAAUCAAAAGCAUCCUGACUAAGUCCAGUGUCCAGAAUAUGCCUCCUACAGCAGCAGUAGAUAAGCCAGUGCUGUCAGAUGUAGACUUGGCUCUGCAGGAAAAGGAGAGAAUUAUCACCAUGUCAUAUGCUUUAGCAUCAGAAGCGUCGCUCAAGAGCAAACAAGUGGCAGUCUCACCGCAGGGUAAUAGUCCCACCUCACUCCCUCAGCCUCCAACUCCUCCUCCUCUUCCUCCACCUGCUGCUGGUGCCGUCACUACGGCUCAGUCUGCUCCCCCUCCCCUGAGCAAUGGAAUUCACUACACCUUUGUCUAAUCAGAGCAAAACAAAAGAGACGGAGAGUGGAGAGUGUUUACUUGUCUACUAUUUAGUAAGCCAAAGCUGUGUCUGGAUAUUGAGGUGCUGUCACAUUCAGAAGACUCCAUUAGUGGUGGGCGAACUUCUGAAACCGCAUUACUUGCAUUAAGAGAUGACCUCAACGCACUUUUGGACUGACAUUGAAAUUUACUUCGAAACUGCUUUUUAGAGCUAUAUGAAGUACUUAUUUGAAAUGGACAUGUUUUUUUGCCGUGGAAACUGCUGUGCAUACACUGUACAAAAUCUAUGAUAACCCAGAUAUAGAAGAUUCAUUCAUUUUGUAUACAUUAUUGCACUUUUAAUAUGCACCAUACUGUAGAGAACAUUUACAGGUCAUAUUUUACUUCAGAAGGUAAGAACAAAAGUAACAAUAAUGACAAAGUGAAAGUAUUAUACACACGUGACGUAUUAUGAACAUGAAAGGUACAGAAUGUCAGUUGCGUUGUUGAUUGUAUUUUGUCAAUUCAGAUGAUAUUCUUACACCAAAAUCACUUGAAAUGUUAUUUUUAUGUAUCUAGCACUGCCGGUUUCCAGUUAGCUUGCCAAAUACAUUUUAUUUUGUUGAGAAAAUAACAUGAAGUAAUAUUUUCAGACAGGGUUUUUGGGAAAAGGGUUCGGGGAGGGAUAUGCCUCAUACUUUUUUAAAGAAACUGUAUAUAUUAAAGAUAUUAACAAGC